CAUCUCCCGUCCCUCUUUUUUUCUUGUCUAUGUGCUAAAUUAUGGCAUCCUCCUCAAAAUCUUAAUAACUAUUAACUAUUCUAUUUCCCUAUAAGAUUUCAUUCGGAAAUGCCAAAUGCCAAAUGCUACCAACUCAUUUCCUAGAAGCCCCCUUCCCCUUUUCUACUCAACUCUUCCGACAAAGCAAGCCUUCAACUAGUCCCUAAUCUAAUCACAAAAUCCACAACACAAGACAGAGUUAAAAACAACUCUGCAAUUAAACUCCACAUCUUAUGAUCUCCCCAAGGCAAGACCCUCUUCUGCCCCACACCCACUUCUCCACCAUGCUCAAGCUCCUCAACAAGAACCUCCGCCUCCUCCUCCGCCGUCUCCGGUGGCCAAUUCGCCGCCGCUCAAAGUCCAAAGUAGUAGUGAUCAACAAGCUCGGGAAGAACGCCCUAAAAGCCCAAACCGAAGCAAGCACGAAUUUUUCCUCCAUGGUUCAUCCCAACGCGCAAUUGGGUACUCCGAAACCCAUUCGGGUCGCGACCUUCAACGCCGCCCUGUUCUCCAUGGCACCGGCGCUCCCGAAACCCAAACCCACGUUCGAGGACCAAAACGGGGUCGCUUCGAACCCCGAAAACCUGAAUUCGCGAUCCAAGUCCACGAAGGAGCGUCCCAGAAGCAUACUGAAACAAUCGCAAUCGCAAUCGCAGUCGCAGUCAGUGAAGAACAGAGUAAACGACAGCGACACCAACGUGGGGAGCAGACAAGAGGCGGCGAGGUUGGCGAAAUCGAAGAUGAGGGUUUCCAUAAAUUUACCAGACAACGAGAUAUCGCUGCUGCGAAGCCGACAAUCGAGCUUCUCGGAACACGACAAGGCCUCCUCGUGGGUAGGUGGUGGGGCCCACGUGAGUAACAGAACUGUGGUUGAGGUUCUGAAGGAAGUGGACGCUGAUGUUUUGGGGCUGCAAGAUGUGAAGGCCGAGGAAGAGAAUGGGAUGAAGCCAUUGUCGGAUUUGGCGGCGGCGCUGGGAAUGAACUACGUGUUCGCGGAAAGCUGGGCACCUGAGUACGGCAACGCUGUCUUGUCCAAAUGGCCCAUCAAACGCUGGAACUCUCACAAAAUCUUUGAUCACACUGAUUUCAGGAAUGUUCUGAAGGCCACUAUCGAUGUACCACAAGCAGGUGAACUUAACUUCUACUGUACUCACCUUGAUCAUCUUGAUGAGAAUUGGCGAAUGAAGCAGGUAAAUGCAAUAAUCCAAUCUAGUGAUGAGCCUCACAUCUUAGCUGGAGGACUUAAUUCACUUGAUGAAUCGGAUUACUCCCUAGAAAGAUGGACAGAUAUUGUGAAGUACUAUAAAGAGAUGGGAAAGCCAACACCAAAGGUUGAAGUGAUGAAAUAUCUCAAGAGUAAAGACUACACUGAUGCUAAGGACUAUGCAGGGGAAUGCGAGUCAGUUGUCAUGAUUGCCAAGGGCCAAAGUGUCCAGGGGACAUGUAAGUAUGGAACUCGGGUAGACUACAUAUUAUCAUCAUCAAAUUCUCAAUACAAGUUUGUUCCCGGUUCCUAUUUAGUCCUUUCUUCCAAAGGGACAUCAGAUCAUCACAUAGUGAAAGUUGAUGUGGUGAAGGCAAAUAACAAUCCAGAAGAAAAUAAUGUGACAAAGAAUCCGCAACAACCAAGACAGAGAGUUGUAAGAAUAACAGAAUCCAAUCCGUCAAAGGCUAUCUGGAAACCAUACAAUUGACUUGAGACAUAAAUUGAGUUCCCUUGGUUUAGAUUAGUAUUUUGGAAAUGGGGCAUUUUGUUUUGUCUCUUUGUCAUCUUACCUUGUACACAUCUUUCUUCAAAGAGAUUUAGAAGAAUAUGACAAAAAGUGUGAUGUGAUGAUGUAUGUUUUUUUUUUUUUAAAAAAAAUGUAUAGAUUUUGAUUAAGAGUUAAAAAAUUCUGCGAAGUAAUUUCUUGCUUCUCAUUC